AUGGAAGAGAUCAUUGAAGGCUUCGGAUACCCGGGGCAGAAGAACUCGGCAGGUGGCCUGUGCACCCUGGGACGCAUCUACUACGGCCCUGGGCGCUACGACUACGGCCGACCCAAGAUGCCCAAGGGCUGGAUCGCCAACUUCUUCUACCCUUGCUGGGAGUUUGCCCACAUCCUGUUUGUCGCCGACCGCUGGAUUGCCUGGCGCGUCUUUCGCCACAUCUUGGCCAUCACACUGUGCUACAUCCCCUUCAACAUCCAAAUGCACUGGAACAAGCAAAUGAUUGAAGACUACAAAAAGACUCAUGAGUGGUGA